AUGCGCAUUUUUGUUACAGGAGGAUCUGGCUUUGUUGGUCGUCACACCAUUCGGGCAUUGGUCCAGGACGGCCACGAAGUGGUUGCCAUGGCUCGAUCGCAAGAGAGUGCUUCCAAAGUCGCCUCCUUUGGAGCGACGCCCGUUUCCUGUAGUUUGGGAGAUGUGAGCGCAUCCGACUUGAACCACGUGGAAGCCAUUGUCCAUUCAGCAGCUUUGGCCGAAGAUUGGGGUCCCUACGACGAGUACCAUCAAGCCAAUGUGGUGGGCACCCAGCAAUUGUUGGACGUGGCCAAGAAGAGUGGCACGGUCCGACGGUUCAUUCAUAUCGGCACUGAAGCUGUACACUUUGACGAUCACAGUCAGCAGGAUCUUUGUGGAAUUGAUGAAACAACACCACUCCAACCCAACAGUCCCUUUCCCUAUUCGGCCACCAAGGCCCAAGCCGAGAUGUUGGUGGCCGCAGCAAACGAGGACAAGCUAUUUUGUACCGUCAGUUUACGUCCUCGCAUGAUUUGGGGCCCCGAAGAUUCCACUCUGGCACCCACCGUGAUGCGAGUGCUACGGGAUGGGGGAUACUGGUGGAUUGACAAUGGACAAGCCGAGAACAGUCCUUGUCAUAUUGACAAUUUGGUUCAUGCUAUCCGUCUUGUCCUGACACAUACGGCAACCAACGAAAUUGGUGGAGAGGCAUUCUUUAUUGCCGACAAGGAAGAACCAACCACGCAAAAGGAAUUCAUUAUAGCCUAUAUUCGUGCUACUUACAAUGCCACAUUGCCGUCUAGAAGUGCCCCCUACUGGUUGGCCAGGCCGGUGGCAUGGUUGUUGGUGUAUCUGUGGAAUCUCAUUGGACAACCCAAACGAUUCAUGCCUCCCUUGACGCCCAUGGCACUCUACAUUAUGGGAAGAUCACUCACCUUGAAUACAACAAAAGCAGAGAAAGUGUUGGGGUGGAAGCCAGUCAUUGAUAGGGACCAAAAAAUGAAAGAAUUGGAGCAAGCUAAGUCCAAGACGGAGUAG